CCCGGCACUCUCCGCGCUACCUUGCCUGUUCCUCAGCUGGGCGGCGGCAGCUUUGAGUUGCCAUAGAGGCGUUAUUGACAGUUAUUGCAGGAUGGAGGUUCUCGAUUGAUUGACUGCAAUGAAUGAUGAAGUCACAGCUAUAAAAGCUGACAGGACAGUGCCAUACCCGCAGCUUGAGGAUCAGUUCUGCAGCCCUAGAAUAACCAGAACCAGUCAUGACAGAAUCAUCCAGCGACUCUGACACCUAUCUGCGCAGUCGAGCCAGCAGACGCGGCCCCCUUCGUGCCACCCACUCGCAUUCCAGGACCGGAGCAGCAGCAGCGGAAGUAUCGGAUAAGAUUUAUAAGUUGGCCAAUACGCUGCAGGACACCAGUCGUAAUCUGAAGCAAGUGGACGAAAUGCUUGGGCAGUACAGGGAAUAUACCUCUGACCAGACAGAAGCCAUCACAUCGCUGAAGGGAAAUCUGGAGCAGUCCAUCGACCAUCUUAGAAGUCAGCGUCUGUCCCGUCUAUCUGGAGGAAGGAGCGCUUCUCUGUCCAGCCUGUGUGCCAGUGAUCUGGAGGCUCCUACAGGAUCCAGAAACCGACGCUUUCAGCCAACCUCUCCGCUUAAGGACUACACAGAUGUGGGAGUUCAGAAACGGCGCCGAUCUCGAUCAGCAGUGCGGUUUUUAGAUGAAGUGGGGAACAAUGAGCAGCUUCAUUCCCUGCAUCAGUCCCUUCGUGAUCUUAGCAGCGACCAGCUACGGUUGAAUGAUGACCUGGGCCGCGAGCUUUCUCGGAGAAACAGGACUGAUGCUGAGACAAAGAGAACCCUAGGAGAAAUAUCUUCCCGCUUGAACGAGAGCCAACGGCAGGAGUCGGUGUCUGAGCGUGUGGAGAGGCGGCUGCAGCAGUUGGAGAAGGAGAUGAGGCUGGAGAGGCAGCAGGUAGAGAGCCGACAGGAGCAGCCGGGUCAGGUGUCCACUCAGCUUCAAGAGGCCCUUAAAAAACGGGACUCUAAUACAAACGAGGUGGAAACAUCACUGAAAAGCAAGCUCGGGAGGACAGAGAGUGAAAAAAUCCAGCUGGAGGCGGAGUUGGAGAGAUAUCGGAGGCGGUUGGAUCAGACGGAGGGAGGUCGGGAAACUCUGCUCUGCCAGGUGGAAGAUCUGCGGAGUCAACUGAUAAAGGUGGAAGAAGAUCGCAAUCACCUGCAGCUCCAGCUCUCCCAGAUGUCUCAUAUUCAGCAUGAGGACCAUGAAGAGGACAGAAGAGUUCGGGCAGUAGUGGUGGAACGGUCUGAACGGGAGAAGCAGGAACUGGAGUGUCAGAUCUCUGAGCUACGCACUCAGCUCAACAGAAAUGCGUUCCUGUCUGAGAUGGAAGAACUGAAACGCAACCUCAACCAAAAGGAGAGAGAGAAGAUUCAGCUGGCAGAACAGAUGGAGAUUCUGACCGCAGACAUGGAGAAGAGAGAGCGGCAGCAGUUGCGUAUGUUGGAGCAGCUAAAGGACAUCCAGAGCCGCUACGAGAUAUGUGAGAGGGAGAGGAGUCAGACCGAGAUCAACAAUUCUCAAUUAGGCCAGCAGCUGGAGGAGGUGACCCAGGAGGCUGAGCGCUGUCUGGCUGAACUACAGCAGGUGGAUGCCCAGCGCCUGGAGGCCGAGAAGAAGAAAGAAGAUCUGAAGUCCAAAGCGCAAGAGAGCCUCAGACAUUGGAAGAUGAAGUGUAAAAAGUUAGAGCGUGAACUGGAGAAGAAAGACGAGACCACAAGAGUGACCAGCGAACGUUGUAAACAGGAGGGGAAGGAGAAAGACGAACUGAAGUGUCAGCUACAGGCCACCAUACAGCAAGGAGAAAGUCUCCGUAAGGAGCUGGCAGAGGUGCUGGCCAGACGGGCGCAGCAGGAGGAGGAAUUGCAUCUAAAACAAGUACGGUUGUCUGAGGGCCAGGAACAGCAAAUGGAACUGGAAAGGGAAUUGCGGGAAUCCCAAGAGUUGGCAGGAUGGCUUCAAGAUUAUGGGAUGCUGUUUGUGAAACAUAGAUCUCUUGCUCCUCCUGAUGUUAGCCCAGCUCAGAAGCCUCUAUUUUCCUCCUGGGGAGCUCCAAGACAGGUUGAAGUCCAGCAACAGCUUCAGGAGAACCGUGAGAAGCUGCAAGAAGAGUUGUUGUCCGCUGGUCGGGCUCAGGAGAAGAGCAGCAACAAAAUUUUGGAACUUCAGGAAGCUGUCCGAGAUCUGAGCGGCGAGAGGGCGGAGCUGAGCAGUAAACUGGCACAGGAGGAGAAGAGUGGAAAAGAGCUCCGGCGAAACCUAUGUGAAGCCCAGAAACAGGCUGAGUUUGCUCGGGAAGAGCUGAAUUCAGCAGGCAGACAGCUAAAGAUGGAACGGGAGGUACAUCAGCGGGAACUGACAGAUCUGCGGUCCGCAGCCCAGACUGCUAAGAGCAAACAUGAUCGCAACAUCCAGGAAAUGCUGGAACGCUUCAGGCAAGAAACAGAACAGCUGGAAGGUCACAUCCGCAGCCUCAAGGCUGAGCUUAUCGACUGCAAGUCUUUGGUGAGAUCGCAACGCCAGCGAGUGGAGAAGAUGAAAGUGGAAUGUGACAAACUUUCAGAGGAAGUGUUGCGGGGUAGAGAGGAGUUUGCCACCCUGAGGUGCAAGUACCAGCUGACUGCAGAGGAUGCAGAGGAGAAGGCUCAGCAGCUAAGCACUGUAGGACAGAACAUGAGGAAGCUCGAGGAGGACAACCAAAGUCUGGGGGAGAAGCUAGAAUUUCUGGAGACGACACAGGAAACCAUCUUGAGUAAUCUAGAGGCCGAAAUCAACUUGGCUUGUCAGCUAAUGUCAAGAAAUUCCAUGAAUAGUUUCAAGGCUGUGUCUGCAGAAAGUCACCUGAGGAAUGAUCCCCACUACUGGCUGGCAGAGACCAAGACCAAGCUGCAGUGGCUGUGUGAGGAGGUGAGAGAGCGAGAGGAGAAGGAACGCAAGAUUCGCAAGGUUCAGUACCAGCAAUGUCAGGAGCAGCUGAAGGACCUCAAGCUAAAGAACGACUCGGAGAAAGAACUUCUUAGUCAGCAAAUUGCCAAAAUGGAACAGCAGCUGGAGGAAGCUCACCGUGACAGGAAAGACUUUCUGGAAAAGGGACGCAGACGAGACGAUGAGAUGUGGCUUCUACAGGACCGAAUCGUCGAUCUGGAACGGGGGUACCAGGAUAGACCAGAACGAUUUACUGUGCAAGAGCUGACCAAUCAGACUCCCUCUGAUCCAUCCCGGAAGCACUGCAUGGAGAAGAGGGGAGGUUUGAAAUCCCUGGACCACCAUACGGGCUGUGUGGCCACUGACCACUCAGCAUUACCAGAGAGUACACGAAUGGCUCUAGAUCACCUGGAGUCUGUCCCAGAGAAGCUCAGUCUGCUGGAUGACAUGAAGGAUCUAAACGACUCUCACCUCCAGCGUGAAGUAAUGGAGGAAAGGUACGCGCAGUAUCGGGAGAUCGUCGGCUCCUUGCAGCAACAGCUGGAAGACUCAAAGCGACGAAUCCAGGAUUACAGGGAAGAAAAGUUCAAAGCAGACAUCCAAAACGCCCGCUUUUCAGCAAUGUCCUCAUCACUGCGCGCAAACAGCGGCUUCCUAUCCAGCUCUGUGCGUUUAGAUGUUACCUCGCCAAUGAAGAGAGGAACUCCGCCUUAUUCUGAGGGCCUCAAAGAAUCCACCAGGAGCCUCAACCUUGAUGGAGCGUCAUCCUAAGAAAUGGAGAUAUACAGCAAUAUUAGGCACAUCCCUGACUGCUGGAUCCAGUCUUGUCCCUGUGUGAGAAUAACCACUGAAAUCUAUUUAUGUAUAUAUAGAUUUUAUAUAAUAUUUUAUUGUAAAUCAUUUAUAAGUAA